CACAGCUGCUAGCGUGGCGCGAAACAGGAGGUGGUUAGGAAGGUACACGCUCUGACUUUUCCCCAAGAUUCUCCGACUUCACAAGACCCUCCUAAGAAAGAUGGCAGUGCCUUCUGUCCAGCUUCCCUCGGGUGCAAAGAUGCCGGUUCUCGGACUUGGUACAUGGAAAUCCAAACCAGGAGAGGUAACCGAAGCCGUGAAAGCUGCUAUCGACGCGGGCUACAGGCACAUCGACUGCGCCUUCGUGUAUGGUAAUGAGAACGAAGUCGGCGCCGGGCUCAAGGCCAAGUUCGACGAAGGGGUCAUCAAGAGGGAGGACAUCUUCAUCACCAGUAAGAUCUGGAACACCUUUCACCAUCCAGACGAUGUGGAGGGGGCUGUGAGGAAGAGCCUAACAGGCCUGGGGGUAGACUACCUGGAUCUCUACCUCAUCCACUGGCCAAUGGCGUACAAGCGCGGCCCAGAAAUGUUUCCCAAGGACGCGGACGGGAAGUUUAUACGAGAGGAGAUCCCUUUCACCGACACAUGGAAGGCCCUUGAAGCUUGUGUAGAAGAUGGACUGCUGAAGAACAUCGGGCUGUCCAACUUCAACAGUAAACAGAUUCAGGCUGUCAUUGACAUCGCCAAGGUCAAACCUUCUGUCCUACAGGUGGAGUGCCACCCUUACCUGAACCAGAAACAGCUGCUACAGUUUGCCCAAGAGAAGGGUUUGGUGUUCACGGCCUACAGUCCGCUGGGCUCCCCUGACAGACCCUGGGCCAAGCCUGAAGACCCCUCCAUCAUGGAGGACCCCAAACUCAAGCCGAUCGCAGACAAAUAUGGCAAGUCUGUGGCUCAGGUCCUUAUUCGCUGGGGAGUCCAGCGCGACACGAUCGUCAUCCCGAAGAGCGUCACGCCGGCAAGGAUCCGACAGAACCUUGACGUGUUCGAUUUCGCACUGACGGACGAGGAGAUGGUGGUGAUCGACGGGUUCAACAUCCCGUACCGCGCCUGCCACCUGGACUGGGUCAACUUCAUGCCCGACUGGCCUUUCCACGAGCCUUUUUAAUUUGCAUUCUGCCCUGGCUUCUGUUCCAAACAAGCACACAUUCA